CGGACGCUUGAUGACAGCAGGCAGGGUUGCUUCGGAGUUUUCGCUUAAUGUCUUUUGAGCUUGGGUGCUUGUUCCUCUUCCCUUGCUCGAACGCUUGGUUGCAGGAGUUAGUGGCCAGUCGGUGCAAGCCACCUAUUUAUUUGUCGCAUUUUCUCAAGAGGUAGUGUCAACUGUCUUCUAACAAGUACGGAAUUUGCAUAACUAUGGCAUCAGAAAAUCCAGGUCCUCCUAAUCCACACUGCAAGAUCAUGACCUUCCAUCCAACUAUGGAAGAGUUCAAAGAUUUUGGAAAAUAUAUUGCUUAUAUGGAAUCUCAGGGAGCCCAUCGGGCAGGACUGGCAAAGGUCGUUCCACCUAAGGAGUGGAAACCAAGGAAGUCAUAUGAUGAAAUAGAUGAUAUGACUAUACCAGCUCCAAUUCAGCAGGUGGUGACUGGCCAGUCAGGACUUUUCACACAGUACAACAUCCAGAAGAAAUCCAUGACUGUAGGAGAGUACAGGAAGCUGGCCAACAGUGAGAAAUAUUGUACACCACGUCAUAUAGAUUUUGAUGAUCUUGAACGCAAAUACUGGAAGAACCUGACCUUUGUUUCUCCCAUCUACGGAGCUGAUAUCAGUGGUUCUCUGUAUGACAGUAACAUUGAGGAGUGGAAUAUCGGAAAUCUGAACACAUUGCUGGAUAUGGUGGAGCAGGAGUGUGGAAUUGUGAUUGAAGGUGUGAAUACUCCAUACUUGUACUUUGGAAUGUGGAAAACCACAUUUGCCUGGCACACCGAAGAUAUGGAUCUCUACAGCAUUAACUAUUUGCACUUUGGAGAACCCAAAUCUUGGUAUGCAAUACCUCCAGAGCAUGGCAAAAGGCUAGAACGACUGGCAAAAGGGUUCUUUCCAGGUAGCUCUCAAGGUUGUGAUGCAUUUCUUCGCCACAAAAUGACUCUCAUAUCACCCUCCAUAUUGAAGAAGUACAGCAUUCCUUUUGACCGGAUUACACAAGAGGCUGGUGAGUUUAUGAUCACCUUUCCCUAUGGCUAUCAUGCUGGUUUUAACCAUGGAUUUAAUUGUGCAGAAUCGACUAACUUUGCCACACUUCGCUGGAUUGAUUAUGGGAAAAUGGCUACUCAGUGUACCUGCAGGAAGGACAUGGUAAAGAUAUCAAUGGAUGUAUUUGUACAACUCCUUCAGCCUGAUCGCUAUGAACUGUGGAAGAGUGGUAAAGAUGUUGUUACUAUUGAUCACAACAAGCCAACUGCUCUAUCCAGCCCUCAGAUGGAUGACUGGCUGGAGCGAAAAGCUUCAUUAAAAGCAAAAUGCAUUCGAAGGUCCCAUCGACGAAGAACACAGACAAGGAGACAGAAAACUGAGGAGCAGAAGCCAUCGAGUGAGACUGUGGCUGAAGAUACUACUGGGAAAGAUGUGACUGAAGAUGAUGUCAAAGUCAAAGAGGAGCACAAAAGAACAAUAGAUACAGAAGAUGACAGCAAACCCAACAAGGUUACAAUCUUGGAGUUAGGACAAGACAGCCUCACUGAAAAUUUGUUUGACAGCCGUUUUUCAGCAAAUGGCAAGCCACUGAAAACAUAUUCUCGUUCCUCAAAAUCCAAAAGUGAAAAGAAAAGGAAGCGUGUGGAACCAGAUACAACAGCAGCUACCUCAACUGAUGACAUUGAACCCAGAGCAGAAUCAUCCCGUGCAGAUUCACCCGCUGCACUGGCAACCAUGCUGUCUGAGAGUUUUGCAGCUGAUGCUGAAUUUAAGCCCAGAAGUCAAACCACCAUGGUGUAUGUACUGCCCAAAUCAAAGAAGGUGGUUUUUGACAAGGAACACAUGUCCUGUCAGCAGGCCUUUGAGCAGUUUGCCACCAGGGACAAGCUGGCCUCGUGGAAGGAGGCGGAGACGAUCAAUGAUGGAAUGGCUAUGGAGGAGGAAGCAAGUGACCAUGAAAGUGUUGACGCCAGUUUUGAAACUACUGAUGUACAGUUGCCUCCAGUUUAUCCAAAGUUGAAGAGAGAAAUCACCAAGAGUCGUCGCCAUCCAUUCAGUAAACCACCAGCUAGAUCUCCAUUGUCAGUUGUCAAACUUGAAGCAAGCAGUGAUGAAGAAAUGCUCGUUUUCUCUGGUGAGGAAGAUCAGGCUGAAUCAGAGGCUUGGAUGGCACCACUUACUCAUCUUUGGCAAAGCCGGUCGUACAACUUCUUGGCUGAGAGGAAGUUUAAUGCAUCUGCUGCACUAACUGAGCCAUACUGUGCAAUAUGUACGCUCUUCUACCCCUACUAUCAGCCUGAAAGAGAAAAUUCUCAGAGCUUUUCCAUAGCCGAAGGAAGCUCCAGUUCGAUGGUUGCCAAGGUUGGACAAAAGACAAAGCCAAUCAUCCCCGAAAUGUGUUUUACAUCAGGUGGAGAAAACACAGAGCCUUUACCUACAAACUCGUACAUUGGUGAAGAUGGGACCAGCUUGCUCAUUUCCUGUGCAAAAUGCUGUCUACAGGUUCAUGCUAGUUGCUAUGGUAUUCGACCAGAUUUAGUCAAGGACGGCUGGACCUGUUCGCGAUGUACAGCCAAUUCUUGGACAGCGGCUUGUUGUUUGUGCAACUUACGAGGCGGGGCACUGAAAAGUACUACUGACAAAAGGUGGGUCCAUGUGAUCUGUGCAAUAGCUGUUCCUGAGGUGAAAUUUUUGAACGUGUUGGAGCGAAAUCCAGUCGAUGUAACUGGGAUUCCAGAGCAGAGACGGAAAUUGAAAUGUGUGUACUGCAGGAAAAAAGUGAAGAGCAGCAUGGGAGCCUGUAUCCAGUGUUCAUACGAGCAUUGCUCCACAUCAUUUCAUGUGACGUGUGCACAUGCUGCAGGGGUUGUAAUGGAACCAGAUGACUGGCCCUAUGUUGUAUCCAUUAUCUGCUUUAAGCACAAGGCAAACAGUCAGAAUCAAAACCGAGAUCUUCCAUCUGUAUCAUUAGAUCAGGUGGUCAUUGCAAAAAACAGCAAUGGACGCUUUUGCAGAUGCAAGGUGAUUGGGACAGCAGCACAGACUUUUUACGAAAUCAGCUUUGAAGAUGGCUCAUACAGUGACAACGUAUAUCCAGAAAGUAUUGUUAGCAGAGACUGUAUACAACAUGGUUCACCCACUGAAGGUGAGGUCAUUCAAGUGCGAUGGACUGACAACCGGGUAUACAAUGCGAAGUUCGUUGGUUCCCAGGUCAGAUACAACUAUCAGGUGGAGUUUGAAGGAGGCUCUCAGCUGACCUUGAAGCGAGAAGACAUUUUCACACUGGAUGAGGAGCUACCCAAGCGUGUUAAAGCACAGCUAUUACCACUAAGCUCCCAGCGUGAGGACACUUUCUCGGCAGAGGAUGCUAAAGAUGCAAAGAAAGCACCACCAACCAACUCCAAGUUCCUCGAAGACUACAGCCAGAAAGAUUAUACUCAGAAUCCUGAAUAUCUUACAUUUAUGGAAAACCUCUUCCAUCCAUCGUACCAACAGGGAUAUAUUAAUUAGAAGAAAAAAGUUGUAUUUGAAAGUUCUAUCUAUGUUGUGGGGAUAUCAAUGGAGAGAAAAAUGUCUUUGUGUUUAGUAACUGAAUUCAAUUGAAGCAAACAAAAGUUAUAGAAGACUCUACAGUAAAUGCUGUGAGCCAUCUUCUGCGAAGGUGCUAAACAAAUUCAGAAAUGAACUACUGAAUCUGCCUUGAGGUUUCAAUCACAUCUCUUGUAAAUAGAAAUAAAUUUUGUGGGUGAGUUUUGCUUUUUAUUUUGAAAAUUUUGGGUUUAAGAAAAAGGACAGAACACAUUGCAGCAUUUUCUAGCUUUUGUGUGUAUAUCCUCAGCAUAUUUAAACCAAAGCAAUAUUUGCUACUGUUGUAGGAUAUGCUAGUAUCAAAAUGAAAGAAACCAAUGUCAUUUAUUUGAUUUUUGUCCAAAUUUUUCAGUUAAAGUAUUUUUUGUUAGAAGGUUCAGAUGAAUUAAAACAGUUCCCAUUUUCUAAAAUGGUUUAUCUUUUUCUCUGUUUUGAUUUGUAAUUUAAAAAAAAGUCCCUUUUCAGAGCUAGAUGCAGCUGAUUGCAUGGUGUGUUAAAUCCCUGAACAGCAAGGUAUGUGUGCCUCUAUGGUUCCUUGAACCUUGUGGGAUUUAUUUGUAACAUCACUCACUGGGGUUUAGAUGGAUCACAAUUUUUGGAUGCUGUGCAUGGAGCAAAAUAAAGAGCAACUUUAUUUUCUUGCAUUUUAGCACCUUAUAUUCCUGUUUUGGCGUCUUUUGCAUAUUUACAAGAUAUAUCCCAAUUGAGGGUGAAAAGAAAAAGUUGUAAGGGGGUAACAUUAGAAAGGAAUUAAACACCUCUUAUGUUCUACUGAGCCAGUGAUCUCAAGACAAAUCAAAAUAUCUCUGCUGUCAGGUUCCAGAUUGGUGAGAUGGUGAGGCUUGACAUUUUUGUUCAUUUUUUUAUAUAUAGUUUGAAUUAUUUAAAGUCUGAUCCACUAGUGAUUGCAGCUGAUGUCACAUUAAACCCACUAGAAUUAAUACAUUUUAUCAUAAAGCAUUAUGUGCAAUCAUCCAUACUGUGAUGCCUACAUAUCCACCCAUUUCCUUUGCCCAUUCCAGGACAUUAAGGUUGGCUUGUAGUCUAUAAUCUUUAUUCCUUACUGUUAUUUGAACUGUCAGAGGCUCAAAAUCAAAACCUUGUCAAGAUUCUCAACAACCAAAAGAAGCACACUUUUAUUUGAUUCUGUUGAGCCACAUUUUCUUUAAGUAGUUGUCUUAGUUAACAGACUCGUGUUUUGUUUAUUAGAAACCAGUCUAUUUACUGAUACCUUCGCAUCACUUUUGAUAUUGCCUUGUUUUCAUUGCUUCAUCUUAAUGUGUUCUUUCAUUUGGCUGUGAACAACGUCUCUGAUUUGCACAUUGAAGCCAGUGGCUCUGGUGAGAGGUUUGGACCAGAUUCAUUCCUGUGUAUAGAUUUCCUCCCUUCUUAACUAUGUCGUCAAAUGCAGCAAAGGGUUGUGGAGAAUGUGGAUUUCUUCUGGAUUGAUUAGAAGAACACCACAAGAAGGGCAUAAUCUUUACUUUUACAUUCACUAUUUGCCAAAUUUGCAACAGGAGGUUGGCAUGUGUGGAUGCAAACAUAAAAUAGUUUAGAAUGGUGCGUUGAAUCAAUUUGUGUAAUGUCUCAAAACUAAGUCUUUAAUUUUUAUUUUUUGGAGGGAUUUGAAACUGUGAGAGUGUGUGUGUGUGUGUGUGAGAGAGAGAGAGAGAGAGAGAAGGGUUGAAGAGAAUUUGUUCCUUUGAUUGGAAGAAAUUAUACACCUGGUGGAAGAUAGAGGAUCAAGCAAGAGUAAGUGUGAAUUUGAAAAGUGAUUGAACUUCUCUGGCUUCCAGCCAGGUACAGGUAUUGAUUACAACUGACAUUUCGAUGACAAAUCUCUCACUGUCUUCGUGAAUGAUGCCUGGGUAUGUCCUGUAGUCCAUCCCUCCUGAUUGGUUAGUCCUCAACCAAUUAGGUUUCUGCUUUCCCACCUUGUUUACAAUUUGACUUCCGAUUCUUAUUUAGAGUGAGACCUUUGUCUUUGUUAAAUAUCUUUUCCUCUAGUUUUAUUUCAAUGGCUUCCUUUACCAGGCAGCCCCAAAAGCCAUUGGCACGGCACAAUUUUGUGCCAUCAAAGUCAAUCCUAUGGCUGUUAUGAAUGCAAUGUUCUGUUACUGCUGAUUUCUCCGGGUAAUCCAAAUGGGUACACCUCCUGUGCUCCUUGAUGCUGGUUUCCAUUAUUCAUCCUGCCUAUUGAUAUACACUGCUCUGCAUUCACAGGGAAUCCUGUAAAUGCCAGCCACCCUGAGUCCCAGGUCACCUUUGUCAUGCAUAAACUGUGACUUGAGGGAGAGUGCAUGGCCGUUAAAUGCUUAGCAAGGUAAUAAAUCAGAGUAUCUAUCCUACUGACAAUAGGCUUCGGGGUGGGGAGGGGGGAGAACCUGCCUUGUGUAUCUUAUGGAGCCCGUUAAGCCUUAAUGAUACCACCGCCUGAGGCAGAAGUGUCUGUUGGCAGUCCAGAUUUCUUAGUAAAGUGGAGGCCAUCCUGGCAAUUGAAUCUGUGGGAUCCUGCUGUAGAACUCUGUAGGCGAGAUCAGUCAGAAUCUGUUUGACUUUCUUAUGAUAAUCCUCAGAGGAUAUCAGGACUGUUGCAUCAGACUUUGUCUGCUGAUAAAAUUAUGAUGGCUGGAUUUCACUGUAGUGCCUGGAAGGCCAGUCGCUCUCCUUUUGUAAUGGUUGGUUUUGGCAAAACGACUCUUUUGAGGUCCUGCAGACCUCUAUCCUUACCUCCUCUGUGGUAUAUUUUGGGACCACCUGCUUAAGGAAGCCAUUGGAAUAGAACUAGAGAGAAAAAAUGUAACAAAGACAAAGGUCUGCCUCGUAAGUAAGAACUGGUUGGUAUUCAAUUAGAAACAAAGUGGGAGAGCAGAAACCAGAAACCUGAUUGGAUGAGCACUAACCAAUCAGGAGGAAGAGACUACGGAGGGGUUUAAAUACCACAGUAUUAGACACACCCAGGCAUCAUCCUGAAUAAGAUUGCAGAAUUUGUCAUCGAAACUUCGGUUGUAAUCGAUACCUGUACCCAGCUGGAAGCCCCAGAAGAGUUUAUUUGUCAUGUAUGCCCAGAGAGUAUCAAGUCCUUUUUGAAAGGUGGUUAUCAGCAACUGCAUAUUGAUGAUAGGUCAUGUACAAAAUGCAACAUGUCACUAUUAAAUAUUUUAAAUUAUUUUUUCCAUAAAAUAUCAGAUGUAAAAACACUCUAUUAAUAAGUAACUAUGCAGCCUUUGCAUUAGAACUAGGAUGUCUAGCUUAGAGGUUUGGUGGCCUUGUGUCGAAUGCGUUAGUAAAUACGGUAAGUAGUUUCUCAAGUAGAUAGUGGAGGCUGAUCUUUGCAAUUCCAAGUGUCUAAAAUCCAAACCUUUCCCUUUAAGCAACUCAAUCGAAUGUUGUGAAUUUUGUGUCAUAUUUAAGAAAGCUCAACCCUAAGUACUUACCAAAUAAUUUGUACAGCUUCUUCAAAAUGAUUUUCAAUUGCAGGUAAGCAUUAGCUUCUCCUUGAAGCUAGAGUGUCUUGGAUAGCUUCUCUGUCUCUAGUUAUACAGGGUUCAAACAAAAUAAACAGGAUUCAAAAUUCUGUUGCAAAUGUUAUACUUGCUGGUUUAUGUUUCUGAUGCUCAGUAUUGUUGAGCCCCUCCCUGCUCAGCAGCCUUUCUCAGUGCCUUGUUUGGUGACUAACUUGGUUGAAUUUAUUAACACUUGGAUUAGUCAGAUGAGAACACUGAUAUCUCUUUGAAAAGGAAAUGAUCACACUGUUAUUUAGUAAAAUGGUAACCAGGUACCAGAGUAACCUCGGCUUCAAGGCAAAGCUUUGUGUCCUGUCAAAAUUCAGUAAAUCUCCAGUUACAUUUCACAUUUAGUGAAUAGUUCUACACAAGGAGCAACACUUCAAUUCAUGUUAAAACUUCAGAGGUUUAGCUGCUGUUCAAUGUUAUCUUGAAAAGGGGAUUAACUAUUUUUUUAAAAAGGAGAAAGCCAUAAAGAGAACCAGUCAUAUGGUGAAUGUGUGCUGUAGCCCCUGCUACCUAACUAACAUUUAGUUCAAAAUCACAUUGCAGAAAGAGAAAAUUAAUUGGGGCUUGACCUGUAUUACAAGUUUAAUCAUUGCUUGCACACUGUUUCCCUUACACCAUGUCACCAAAUAGCAGUCUGAGAGACCUGUACUUUUCCCUUCAAUGCCAGAAUGGUCAGGAGUCUAGGGACAGUUUUCCCCAGAUAACAGUCUCUGCAGAUGCUCCUGUGCUGUCAGUUUGCAAAUCCCCAAGUGGAUUUCCAGAGCAAGUUGAGAUAGGGAUCAAUGAAGCUCUAUUGUAAUAAACAUUAAAUAAAACUAACCCUGCUUUGGGCUAUUCCGGUGUACAACAGACCGGGCACCAGCAUCUGUUCUGCAGAACUUCCAGCAGAUUUGAUGCCACUUGGAAAUUCAAGAAAAUAAUUAAAAGAUCAGCCAUGUGUGAGGAUGAAAGAAUGGUUAUUUGUAAAAUGCCUGAGGGUGAACACUGGAGAUGCAACAUUUUAUUAACCUUUGUAAUUGUGUGUUUAUGUAGUUUGUGUCAAGGAAAAGGUACAUGAGAAAGCAAUCUCUGUAAUAUUGAUGGUAUUUAGACAAGUAUCUUUAAGGUCCUGUUUACCAGAUUGCUUGAAAAUGUAUUUUCAUCUAAAGUUGGCUGCCAGUUUAGUCAAUUAUUGAAGUGCAUGAAUUGUUUACAAAUGUGUAAGAAAAAGCUGUACAAAAUAAAACAAUAUUGCAUGAUAACAUUGGGCACAAUGACCAAAUAUCAGAUCUGCAUAUUGUUGCUGUUGUUGAAGGAUCCUUUCUCCAGUUUAGCGGUUUAACUCAGCUGGACUAAUGGACCCCCUGAUGGGCUCAGACAGAAGUUGAACCAUAGAGGCCAGGUUCCAUUGUUGGACUGCAUUGAGGUGGCUGAAAUUAGUCCAGGUACUGCUGUGGAUGCUGAUCAUCCCUGAAUAUCCCAGGGUUAGGGAGCAGAAAUUGAUGGGGGCUUCUAACUCCUGCUGGAAGUGGAUAAUGUUGUCAAGGACAACGACACAAUUGACAAAAAUUGAUGGAUAGCUUGUCCAGAUCCAGCCAAAUUAGGAAAAAAAAAGAGUAUAACUAGGAAUUAGAAGUAUGAGGAAGUUAUAAAAAUGAAUUAAUAAUUGGAUAAAAAUCCAGCACAAAUACAUUGGAUGAUGGUUUUAGCAAAUAUUGCCAAAAAUUAUGAAGAAUGUGAAAUAUUUCCACGGACCAGUUUAUAUUGUGAGAUUGUUCUGCAUUACACCAUGGGAAUGUGUAGCUUUUACAGCAGCUUUCAGUGUGAUAUAAGAUCAGAAAUGCCCAAUUUCACCAGGAUCAAUGAGAUUUCCCCGACUGGGUAAGGGCUCAACAAUCAGUGAUAGCAAUAGAGUUGGAUUUCCCACUGCUUUGCUUGAGUGUAUGUUGGAGAUGGAAGUCCAAGUGGGUUAGCAAAAAAAUCACUCCAUCAGUAGAUUUCGAUCCAGAAGGUAUAACUGAUUAGUUCCAAAUCCCCCAAAAUGAAAGCAUAACACAUGAAUGGUUUUAAUUUCUGUCACCCAUACCUGGGAAACUGUCAAAGACAAGUUAUCAAUUAGUCAGUGAUAAUGACAGCAGUUCUGCUUUCUGCCAAUCCUUUUUUCCUUAUUACAUUUCUAUUAAUGUAAUCAUUAAUGUUUUCUGAUAUAGUACAAUUAACAUGCAUUUGAUUAAAAAAUGAAGUGUUGCUUGCAUUACCUGUUGAUUUAUUACAACUGUGGAUUGCAAAGUACGUUGUA